AUCAUCCGAAUCUUUCGAACCCCUCCCGACUCCGGACCACUCCGCCUCCUCUCUCUCACGCCCACACGCUGAACCAACACCACGCCGCGUCCAUCAACUCUUUAAACCGAGGGAACUACACACCACGCAGUAAUCCCAGCCCUGCCCCUACGGACCACUCGCUCUCCGGAGAACAUCAAGCAGGGAACCAAGAACCUACUCAUGCUCAGGACAACUGGUUACUAAACAGUAACAUUCCCCUGGAGACCAGAAACAUACCAAAGCAGACAUUCCUUGAGACAUUACAGGACAACUUCAUUGAGAUGGACAUUCUUACCUCUUCCCGACAUGACGCUGCUUACAAUGAUGGGCACUUCCUGUUCAAGCCAGGUGGAACGUCUCCGCUCUAUUGCACCACUUCGCCAGGGUAUCCCUUAACAUCCAGCACGGUCUACUCGCCGCCCCCUCGGCCCCUCCCCAGAAGCACCUUUUCCAGGCCCGCCUUUAACCUGAAGAAGCCAUACAAGUAUUGCACCUGGAAAUGCGCCGCCUUCAGCGCCAUCCUCAUCUCCAUCACGCUGGUGGUGCUGCUGGCGUAUUUUGUAGCCAUGCACCUGUUUGGCCUAAACUGGCACCUGCAGCCGAUGGAAGGGCAGAUGUUUGAGAUCACAGAAGACACAGCCGGCCGUUGGCCAAUGCCAACAGACGUCCCCUUGUAUUCCUCAGGGGGCACAGGGUUAGAGUUACCCGAGAGAAAAGGCAAAGGAGCUGGCGAAGGUACUGAAUAUGAUUAA